UAAUAAAUUAAGUUAUUAAAAUUUUUUUAUUCAGUAGAUUAAUCACAUUUGGAUGUACAUCGAUGAUCAAAAAAGCAUAUAUAACACAGGCGUUGUCCACCUGAUCUCACUCUUCAACUGGGUUAAACUGUCAGCUGUUAGGUCCCCGUACUCUAUCAGAAAUGGCUAUAUCUUCGAGUCAAGCUGUUAAAGAACAUGUUUUGGCUGUUUCAAGAGAUUUUGUCUCUCAGCCAAGAUUAACCUACAAAACUGUGUCUGGUGUAAAUGGACCUUUAGUCAUUUUAGAUGAAGUUAAAUUUCCAAAGUAUAAUGAAAUUGUUCAGCUAAGACUUGCUGAUGGAACAUUAAGAUCUGGCCAAGUUUUGGAAGUCAGUGGUUCCAAAGCUGUUGUUCAGGUUUUUGAAGGUACUUCCGGUAUAGAUGCUAAAAACACAAUAUGUGAAUUCACUGGAGAUAUUCUUCGGACUCCAGUGUCUGAAGAUAUGCUUGGACGAGUCUUCAAUGGGAGUGGAAAACCCAUUGACAAGGGACCUCCAAUCCUUGCAGAAGAUUAUUUGGAUAUUCAAGGACAGCCCAUAAAUCCUUGGUCUCGUAUUUAUCCUGAGGAAAUGAUUCAGACUGGUAUCUCUGCAAUUGAUGUUAUGAAUUCAAUUGCCAGAGGACAAAAGAUCCCUAUCUUCUCAGCUGCUGGUUUACCCCACAAUGAAAUUGCUGCUCAGAUUUGUCGACAGGCUGGUUUAGUAAAAUCACCUGGAAAGUCUGUUCUUGAUGACCAUGAAGAUAAUUUUGCUAUAGUAUUUGCAGCUAUGGGUGUUAACAUGGAAACUGCUCGAUUUUUCAAGCAAGAUUUUGAGGAAAAUGGUUCCAUGGAGAAUGUGUGCUUGUUUUUGAACUUGGCAAAUGACCCAACUAUUGAACGUAUUAUCACGCCUCGUCUUGCUCUCACUGCUGCAGAGUUUCUUGCCUACCAAUGUGAGAAGCAUGUUUUGGUUAUAUUGACAGACAUGUCUUCUUAUGCAGAGGCCCUGCGAGAGGUAUCUGCUGCCAGGGAAGAGGUGCCCGGUAGAAGAGGAUUCCCAGGUUAUAUGUACACCGAUUUAGCAACCAUUUAUGAGAGAGCUGGACGUGUUGAAGGCAGAAAUGGCAGUAUAACUCAAAUUCCAAUUCUUACUAUGCCUAAUGAUGAUAUUACUCACCCAAUUCCUGAUUUGACGGGAUAUAUUACUGAGGGCCAAAUCUAUGUUGACCGUCAAUUACAUAACAGACAAAUUUACCCACCAAUUAAUGUACUGCCAUCAUUGUCCCGUUUAAUGAAAUCUGCCAUUGGAGAGGGAAUGACCCGAAAGGAUCAUUCAGAUGUCUCAAAUCAAUUGUACGCCUGCUAUGCUAUUGGUAAAGAUGUGCAAGCCAUGAAGGCUGUUGUGGGAGAAGAGGCACUUACACCCGACGAUCUUCUCUACUUAGAGUUCUUGACAAAAUUUGAAAAGAACUUCAUUUCACAAGGUACCUACGAGAACAGAACAGUUUUUGAAUCAUUAGACAUUGGUUGGCAAUUACUGCGUAUAUUCCCCAAGGAAAUGUUAAAGAGGAUCCCAGCAUCUACCCUGGCAGAGUUCUACCCCAGGGACUCAAGGCAUACAACCACAAAAUAAAUAUAGAUUUGACCUGGACCAUUCCAUAUUGUUUCAUUUGCAGCAAGCUCUUCAUCUACAAACAUUCCGGGGUGAACUUUUAAGUAGUGUUUUUAUGUAUAUUUUAAUUAAAACUUGUAUAUAUUAAAAAAACAAACAAAAAUAUUUUGUGACGUCUUCUUAAGUUACUUCAUUAGUAACUUAAUUUGAUGUGACUGUAACAAUAAAUCAACCCAAUCUGAAAAACACUUAUAAUUUUACAUUCAUAUACUAUAUUUUAUUUUAGUUUCUUAGUCUGCUAUUUUGAUUAGAAUUUCUCAGAUCCUGGUGUUAGGGGUCCCCAGAUAAGCUUAAACUAUUAGAUUGAUUCUCUAUGUGCUGGACUGUUAUCUAUAUAUCCUUAUAUUCCAGGAGUAAAAUGGAAUGUCAUUAAACCACAAGAGAAUUUAUCAUGAAUUUUAACAGUAUUUAAGAAGCAUAUGUCUGUAUAGAACAAGAAUGUAUUUAAUUAAAAAAUAUAAUUGAUAUUAACAUACAAAUAUUGGUAAAUUGAAAUAAAUUGUUGGUAGAUAAAAGUGUAUGUUAAGAAAUACUUAGUUAUUAGUUUUAUUCUCCCUAUUGUCUCAAAAGUUAUUUAAUUUGUUAGGCAUAUUUUAUGUUAAAUUUGAGAAAUAAAUUUAUUGUUAAGCCAAAAAGUU